ACAGACACUAGUUCGUAAUAUUGGAGUACUAGUUUGCAACGAGAAAGAAAGCAGCAGUCGAUGGAAAUCCAGAAAUAAACAGAAAUUCCCUUUUGAUUUCUGAUCAAAAUCGAACCGUCGCUGAGAUAUAGAGAUUCAUGGCGUCAUUUGGGUCUAUCAAGCAAGCAAUUUUCGAGAAACAAGCAAGAAAGCAGCAGUAUCAGGACCAUAUACGAGGGCUCAACGCAUUCGAUCGCCACAAGAAAUUUUUGAAUGAUUACGUUGCUUAUUAUGGAAAAGAGAAAUCUGCUCGAGAAAUAUUGCCAGUUAAAACUGACCAAGACACCAUUAGAGAAGGAUAUCGGUUCAUAAUGACUGAGGAAGAUGACAUGAAUCAUUCUUGGGAACACAAGCUAGUAAAGCGCUACUAUGACAAGCUGUUCAAGGAAUAUUGCAUAGCUGACAUGUCCCAUUACAAGACUGGCAAGAUUGGUCUUAGAUGGAGGACUGAAAAGGAAGUAAUAGCUGGGAAAGGACAGUUUGUUUGUGGUAAUAAGCACUGCGACCAUAAAGAUGGUUUGUCAAGCUAUGAGGUGAACUUUUCCUAUUUUGAAGCUGGAGAAAACAAACAAGCUCUAGUGAAAUUAGUAGCCUGUGAGGGAUGUGCAGAGAAGCUAUAUUAUAAGAAACAAAAGGAGAAGGAACGAUUGAAGCGAAUAGAAAGUGAAAAGCACCAAAGGAAAAGGGAUCGCUCUGAGAGUGAUGAUGACACAACUAGCAAGCAUGGAAAAAGCAAAGAGAGGAGAAAAGGUGGAGGCAAGGCGUUGACAUCUGACGGGGAACAUAAGCCAGAUGACGAUGAUGAAAACUUUGACGAAUAUCUCUGUGGGAUGUUUCCUUGAACAUUACAAGCGUUUUCAUCAGAAGAAAGCAUUCACUGAGUUCAUCACACCAAUGUUGCCAUUGCUAAUCUGCUUAUACAAGUUUGUCGUUUAGUUCAUGUUCUUCCAACUGGAAAAUGUUGCUUCUUAUAAAUUGAUUUGGAAUACAAGUUAAUGAUGUUGUUGGCAUUGCUGCUAUACAUUCUUUACC